UGGCGGCAGCGAAGGGGGCGUGCGCCGCGUUCCGCUGCUGCCCCGAGGCCAAUCCCGCCGCCCGCCCGCCCUCGUGCCUGGGGCUUUUACGCCCGCUCCCCGCGCUCUCCGCGGCAGCCCCUCUCUGCAUCGCCCCCGCGGGGAGCCCCCACGCGACCAGCGCGCCAUGAGCCUGGGCGAGCGCGGUGGCGACAGGCGGCAAAGCGGCCCGGCGGGUGGCUGCAGCGGCGGCGACAGCAGUGGCUGCGGGGGUUGCCCCGCGACGGCGGCCGGGGCCCGGACGGUGAGCGCGCUGUGCCUGCUGCUCUCCGUGGGAUCGGCGGCCGCCUGCCUGCUGCUGGGCGCCCAGGCGGCCGCGCUGCAGGGUCGGGUGGCGGCGCUCGAGGAGGAGCGGGAGCUGCUGCGGCGCGGGGGACCGCCCGGUUUUGUGGCCGCCUGGGCCGAGCCGCACCUGGACCGCCUGUUGCGCGAGAAGCUGGAUGGAUUGGUCAAGCCUCGGACAAUUCGGGAAGCUCCGUCUGAGUGCGUCUGCCCCCCAGGGCCCCCUGGACGGCGAGGCAAGGUCGGAAGAAGAGGCGAUCCAGGUCCUCCAGGGCAAUCAGGACGAGAUGGCUACCCGGGGCCGCUGGGUCUGGAUGGCAAACCUGGACUUCCAGGCCCUAAAGGGGAAAAGGGUGCACCAGGAGACUUUGGUCCCCGGGGAGACCAAGGCCAAGAUGGAGCUGCUGGACCUCCAGGACUCCCUGGGCCCCCUGGGGCCCGGGGCCCUCCUGGUGACACUGGGAAAGAUGGCCCCAGGGGGUCACAAGGCCCAGCGGGUCCCAGAGGAGAGCCUGGACAAGAUGGUGCGAUGGGCCCAAAGGGACUUGCGGGGCCCAAGGGGGAUUGUGGGAUGCCAGGCCAGCCAGGGCUCCCUGGUCUCCCAGGACCCAAGGGCGAGCCGGGGAGUGUGGGGCCCCGAGGAGAGCGCGGCGUGGACGGUGUCCCCGGGCCAAAGGGGGAGCCUGGUCCCCGAGGUGUGGACGGAGCUGCAGGGCCUCGGGGUCCAGCGGGCCUCAAGGGUGAGCAAGGAGACACCAUGGUGAUUGACUACGGCGGUCAGAUCUUGGAUGCCCUCAAGGGUCCUCCUGGGCCACAGGGGCCCCCAGGGCCACCAGGGACCCCCGGAGUGAAGGGAGAGCUUGGACUCCCCGGCGUCCCUGGAAUCGACGGAGAACAGGGUUCCAAAGGAUCAAAAGGAGACCAAGGCGAGCCGGGGCCAACCGGACCCAAAGGGGAAGUGGGCGAGAUGGGCUUGUCUGGCCCCCCGGGCAUCGACGGCCCCAAGGGGGAGAAGGGAGAGUCGGCGUGUGACACCCUGCAGGACAUCCUGGCCCAGAUCAUAGUGGAGCCAGGACCUCCCGGACCCCCCGGGCCCCCAGGCCCCAUGGGUCUUCAGGGAAUCCAGGGUCCCAAGGGCUUGGAUGGAGCAAAGGGAGAAAAGGGCACCUUGGGAGAACGAGGCCCCAGCGGCCCGCCUGGGCCAGUCGGCCCACCAGGCCUUAUUGGGCUGCCAGGAACCAAAGGAGAAAAGGGCAGACCUGGGGAGCCAGGACUAGAUGGUUUCCCAGGACCCCGAGGAGAGAAAGGCGACCGGAGUGAACGUGGAGAGAAGGGGGAGCGAGGGAUCCCUGGCCGGAAAGGCGUGAAGGGCCAGAAGGGUGAACCAGGACCACCAGGCCUGGACCAGCCAUGUCCUGUGGGCCCCGACGGGCUGCCGGUGCCGGGCUGCUGGCAUAAGUGAUCCCCAGCACCCAGCCCACAACCUGUACAGAUCCGUGUGGACGUUUUUAACUUUUGUAAAAACAAAACAGUAAUAUAUUGAAUAUCUCUUCUCAUGGGACGUGGCCACCUGUGGUCUUUUUUAACAUUCGAGGGUGCACCCAGCCCAGCCCCAGAAAGAUCAGCACGUGGAGCCGGCAGAAACUGGACGGUCAGUUCCGGGAGAGUUUGUGUCCUUGAAGGGUACCUGUGGGACUUGGCUUUCCCAGGAGGGAGACGAGGAUGAUGAUGGAGGGUGCCUGCCUCAGAUGAGGCUGGGACGAUGCACUGGGUUGAGCUUCCAAUCACCUGAUGAGCAGAAAGUCACAGCUGCCCUGCUGCUCUGCGAGACCUGCUCCCUGAAGUUCAAAGCCCUGGAGCCCACCCUGUCCAAGAGGGCCUGGGUUUGGACAGCAGCUGCAGCUGGUCCUGUUCUUUCCAGCCUCCAGACAGCUCCAGCCAGCUGCACCCCCUUGUGGCCCCCUUGGACCCUGGGUUUGCCAGGGCAGGACAAGACUCCCACCCAGCAUGUGCAACUGGCUGCUGGGAGCUGCUGGAAGCACCUUCAAGCGGAUCCAGCUCCCACCAGUGGGCCAGGCCUGAGUUCAGGGGACCUCAGGGAGCCACCCUGCUGUGACAACACAUGUCCUCCAGUCAGGAGGGGUGGCCAUGUGCUGUGAUCGCCGAGCUGUGGGCCCAGCUGCAGGGGGCCCAGUGAUCCCCACGUACAGAGGACAGCAGGUCCCAGGCUGGACUGGCUGCCAGUCCCUGCCUCUGUCUCCUCACCAUCCAGAACAUGGGCAUGAUGGGGCUUUGCCAGGCCUGAGGAGACGGAUCUGGCUCGGCGCUCUGGGUCUCCCUGGCCCCAAGCCUCCAGCCCAGGAGAACGGUGGUCAGCCACUGAAAAGGGUGUUCCCAGUGAGUUGUUACAGACAAAGCAAACUCCAGGGCUGUUCCCAGAAGGCCCGAACAAGGGGUCUGCUGUGGGAACAGUCCCUGCUCUGAUGAGAGGCUUGCCCGCUCCAACAAAAGUUCCCAGCCACCAGCUCCAUCCCCGCUCCUCGUCUCCCCUUUCUGUGUAAAUGGAUAUCGCUGCGUGUAAUAAAGCACAAAUGUGUG